AUGUCUGACGAGGUAUCCGACUUUUUGCGCUCAGUCGAGCUGCUGAAGGAGAGACGAGAGGAGGAAGAUGAGGCCCGAUCGCGGGAUCUGGAAGAAAAGAUCUUGCAGGAGAAGAAAGAACGCCAGGCCCGGCGCGCAGAACGCGCAAGAUCGAUUUCACCGCAAAAGUCAUCACCCGCAAACACUCCACCGCCAACCGCACAUCGCGCCAGCCUCCUCCCGUCUGCUUCCGGCGACACAAGUUUGGAAUCACCGGGGCUUGAGAGCUCCGGGAGUCCCAGGCAACGCACCCUCGAACCAUCCUCCGAUGCCAUGAAUAAUAGCGCAGCCGAGCAGUCGAGCUCCCCGACAAAAGAGAACGAUUCCCCAUUCGACUCAGAACUCAAACGGACUAGCGUGAACUUGGGCUCGCCGUCGAUCGGCAUGCCGUCCGCGCGAUCCACGCUCUCGUGGCAGAGGCGACCGACCUCACAAGCUUCCGAUCGCCCCAAAAGCCGACCUUUAUCCAUGGUCGCUGCUGAGAAUGCCGCCCGGAACGUUCCCGGCAGCGCCGAACCAGCCGAGCAGACUUUGUCUCGGGACCAGAUCGCUCAGUCCCUAUCGGGCAAGGACCCCUCGUGGUUUCGCCAGACUGCUGACCCAGGUCGGGGAUCGGGGGCUUUCAGGAAGACUCAGGUGGAGGACCAGGAUACGGUCGAUAUGCCCGUCGUGCGCACCCAACUUCCCGGCAUGUCACAAGAGUCGACGUCAGAACCAGUCAAGGAGAGCCCAACUGCCCGACCAGUGACGCCCACCAAUCUAUCCGCCAAACUUGGCUCUCCGCUCCCUUUGACCGGUUUCCAACGUCUGGAUCCGCCAGCUGGCGAAAACGUGGAGGACGCGGACACAGCUGCUGCUAAUCGCCAGUCCAUAGCUUCGCCGCCCGGCCGGACGUCGCCCACAAGACCGCGCUCCCCCACCAAGGGGAUGGGUGGGUUUGUGCAGAGCGCUAUGAUGAAGCGCUCAGACAGUGUCAAACGAUGGAGUGUUAACUCACCCGCCGGCUUCCAGCGAUCGGAUUCCGUUCGAUCCAGCGCAAGCACUGUGGACAGCGCACAACGCCCUACCACCCCGAAAACGGGAGGGCGCCCAAAGAGCAUGUUAGGGGGACCGUCGGACAUGCCUACCCUUGCUCCCAGUUUGAGCGAUGAAAAGGAACCUGAGUCAGAAGAACAGGCCGCCCCCGCUCGGCCGACAACGCCAAUGGAGUCAAAGGCAAAGGACGACGACGAAACAACUAGUCCGCCCGUAAGUCCCUCCAAGACAAUGGAUUCCCGAAGAUGGAGCCCCACAAAGAGCUCCAGCUGGCUGGAUGCUGCGUUGAACAAGCCCGAGUCACCCAAGGCGAAGCCGGCAGCACCUGCACCGGCCCAGCCGGCUUGGAUGGUUGAGUUGAACAAGGCGAAGGCACAAAAAGCCACCACGGACCUCGCUCGGGACGCGGCCGUGCCCAAGAAGACCGAAGUUAAGACUGGUGGGCUUAUGAGGUCCACUCCUAUGGGCACAAGUCUAAAGCCAAACGUUCUGGGCGGCUUCCCAGUCAUCCCCCCCAUUUCAACAGCCGACGACAAGCCGGCUAUUUCUGAGUUGCGCGGAAGCCUUCGGAAAGCAUCCCCAACGACGGAGGGCCCGAGUGAGACCCAGGGAGACCUCGCAACCGCGACUAAGACUAAGCCUGACAUCCCGUCGAAGAAAGAUUUCCGCGCCAACCUCAAACCCCGGGCUCCGCCGCCUGAACCUAAAGCGGGGGACAGUGCUGAGGAGUUGAAGAACGUUGUCGGGAGCCUACGGAGGACCAAAACACAAAACUACGUGGCACCGGAUGAGCUGAAGGAUAACAUCCUGCGCGGAAAGGCGGGGUUAGCUUUGACCGGUGGGCCCAAGAAGACAGAGCACGUAGACGAGUUCAAGGAGGCGAUCCUAAGGAAGAAGGAUGACUUCAAAAAGGCGCAGGACGAAGGCCGGGGCAUCACUCGGGAACCGAGCACAGCCAGCGAGAAGUCGAUCCCCGAGGGAAUUGCAAAGAAGCUGGUGCUGCAGCGGACCGGCACGUUCUCCAAGCAAACCCCGACCACUCCCGACUUUCCAUCGCAAAGCCCUUCACUCACCGGGUCGAACCGGUCUAGCCAUGCCUCUACGCGUUCUAGGCACGACAUCCCCGGCUUGGGAUCUGGAUCUGCUUCGGUCGGAUCUCCCGAGCCCACUAGGGAGGCGACUGCCAAUCCGGUUGCCCCGACUCGCAUCGGAGGGAAGGUCGGAGGCUUGGCAGACCGUUUCAACCCUGCGUUGGCUGGCCUCCUUGCAAGAGGGCCCCCAUCGGCUCCCGGGAAGGCGGACGCUUCGGAAACACCGACAACAACGGAGCCCGCCGGUCCCGGUCCUCAGCUAACCCACAUGACGAAGAACCGAGCCCGUGGCCCUAGGAGGAAGGCUCCAACUUCUGUUGCUGCUGCGCCGGGGGAACCGAAGGAGACGUUGACCCGGGCAGCAUCUGAGCCGGAGAGGAAACCUAUCCUCUCACCGCCGGAACCCAAAAAGGCGAUGUCGUUUCCGCCGCCUAAGUCAGAAGAGUUUAUCCCCUCUCCUCCUUUAGAGCAAGCGGCAGUCCCCUCGAAACAAGGAAAGCCUGUUGUUUCUCCCAAGCCUGAGAAAUUUACACCGACGAUUCCCGGCGGUGUCUCGUUGAUGGAGCGUAGAAAGUCUCUAAUGCAGGACAGGACAAAGCUUGCGGGUGAGGUCAUCUCUCUCGUGGACUCAUCGGGGCGCAUGCCCAAGGAGGAGUCGAAUCCAGUUGGUCAGCCCAUCAACCUGGUUGGGUCUACCCCGAUCAAGACGCGUCCUCGUUCGCCCACCAAGGUCCAUGAGCAGGUGGCAGCUCUGGCAGCACUGAACCAGCAAUCACCCAAGCCCGCCGAAGCCGGCAGUGAGAUCGCUUCGCAGCCAUCCUCACCGAAAAAGCUCGAUAUGAAAAGGAUGUCGAGGUUCCUAGAUGAACAGGACCAGUCAAGCCCAGCGCCCGAACCUGUGAAAUCGAGGUCGUCAUCGCCGGUCAAGGGCCGUUCUGACUCCAUAGCCGCCAGGCCCAUGUCUCUAGUCAGGGACCGAGCCGAAUCUAUCACGGCAAGGCCCACGUCUAUGGUGAGGGAUCGCUCCGAAUCUAUCACUGGGAGGCCGCUCUCUUUGGUCAGGGAUCGUUCUGACUCCUUCAGAUCGAGGUCGUCCUCCCCGGUAAAGGACCGCUUUCCCGGCCUUGAAUCACCCUCAAUCGCGAAGCAAGCGGGAAACGAGCAAGGUGAAUUGAAGCCUGCGCUUCCGAUCAAGAACGGCGCGGCCGCGUUUGGUGGUAUUGGCCUAGGCUUGACGCAAGCAGCAGUAUCACCAAGACCAACGAUCCAGAAGCCCGCAGAGGCUGAGCUACCGCCACCCUUGCCUCCCAAAACCGCGAGACCACUCCCUGCACCUCCCGCGACCCAGCGGGCUCAACUCAUCCAGAUCACAGCCGAGGGCAAGAAGAUGCCUGUACCAUCGCACCACGAACGGGUCUUGUUCGAGCGCGAGAUGUACCUUUGCCCCCACAACUUCAUUGAUGGUACCGGAAGGAAAGCUACAGAGGUCUACUUCUGGGCUGGCGAUGAGGUGCCCGAGUCACAGGUUGACGACGCUCACCUUUUCGCGGCCCGAGAAGCGAGAGCCUAUGGCGGAAAGCUGGUCAAGCUGACGCAAGGCAAGGAGACGUCCGAGUUCCUGCAGGCGCUCGGCGGAAUUGUCAUCGUACGCCGGGGGUCGAGCAACAAGUACGACUCGCUCGCGCCCAACAUGCUCUGCGGCCGGCGCUACCUGAGCCAGGUCGCCUUUGACGAGGUCGACUUCUCUCCACUCAGCCUCUGCUCCGGGUUCCCCUACCUCAUCGCCCAACAGGGGAAGUGCUACCUUUGGAAGGGCAAGGGCAGCGACGUCGAGGAACUGGGCUGCGCCCGGCUCGUGGGUAUGGACCUCGCGCUGAUGGGCGAGCUCCUCGAGGUAGAGGAGGGCAACGAGCCCGAUAGCUUCUGGCACAUCUUCAACGGCGGGACGCGGCCCACCUCGGCCGACCACUGGCGGCUGAAGCCCAGCUACGACAAGUACUGCACACGGCUGUUUUGCGCCAACGCAGCCGACAAGCAUCAGACCGACCUCCUCCCCUCCAACAUCUACGUCCUCGACGCCUUCUUCGAGAUGUACAUCAUCGUCGGCGCCCGCUCGCAGCACCAAUACGCCGCCUUCCGCAACGCCCUCGACUUUGCCCAGGAGUAUGCCAUCCUGGCCGCCGGCAUGGAGGACCGCCCCUUUGUGCCCAUCUCGACUGUCGUGCUGGAGGGCAUCCCGCGCGACUUAAAGAGCGUGUUUAGGAAGUGGCGCGACGGGAAUAGCCCGACCGUGAUGCACGCUAGCCCGCAGGGCGUGAGCGGUGGGAGUUCGGGGGGUGGUGGUGGCGGUGGUGGGCCGACGCCGAGCCCGUUGAAGAGGGCGCGGAGUUUGAGGAUCGUGCCGUUGACGCAGGCGCUGCAGGCGCUGGCGGAGUAG